GUGUUGCCGCUCUGAAUUUCUGAGUGUCAGUCGUGCGCAAUUGUGAUUUAGACGACUUCCGCCCUCCUUCUUCUUCCUUUAUGGCCAGGCAAGGCGUGCAAGCAGCCUGGUUGGUGUUUGGUUCAUGAAUUAAUACGUUAGUGACUCGUCAAGAUGUCGUUAUCAUCAGCGCGUCCAUUAAUUACUGUGUACAGUGAGAAAAAUGAAGCUUCAGGAGAGACAAUCUCUUUGCCAUCGGUGUUCAAAGCCCCCAUCCGCCCAGAUGUGGUAAAUUUUGUUCACCAACAGAUGUCAAAGAACAGCCGUCAGCCAUACUGUGUAUCGAAAGAGGCUGGUCACCAGACUUCCGCUGAGUCAUGGGGUACUGGUCGUGCUGUUGCACGUAUUCCCCGUGUCCGUGGAGGUGGUACUCACCGAUCUGGUCAGGGAGCUUUUGGAAACAUGUGUCGUGGAGGUCGUAUGUUUGCACCUACUAAGCCAUGGCGCCGUUGGCAUAGACGUAUCAAUGUCAACCAGAAACGAUAUGCUAUUGUUUCUGCUAUCGCAGCAUCCGGCGUCCCAGCCCUUGUUCAAUCUAAGGGUCAUAUGGUUCAAGAAAUUCCGGAGUUUCCGUUAGUUGUUUCGGAUAAAAUUCAGGAGUACAACAAGACCAAGCAAGCCGUCAUCUUCUUGCGUCGCAUCAAGGCCUGGAAUGAUAUUCAAAAGGUCUACAAGUCCCAACGAUUCCGUGCUGGUAAGGGUAAGAUGCGUAAUCGUCGUCGCAUUCAGCGUCGCGGACCUUUGAUCAUCUAUGGACAAGAUCAGGGACUACGCAAAGCUUUCCGCAACAUCCCAGGUGUCGAUUUAAUGAACAUCAACAAAUUGAACCUCUUGAAACUGGCCCCUGGUGGUCACGUAGGUCGGUUCGUUAUCUGGACGAAAUCCGCUUUUGAUCAGUUGGAUGCUUUGUACGGUACAUGGCGCAAAGAGUCGCAGCUCAAGGCUGGCUACAAUCUACCAUUCCCCAAGAUGGCGAACACCGAUCUUGCCAGGCUUCUCAAGUCCGACGAGAUCCGCAAGGUCCUUAGGGCUCCAAGAAAGAGGGUGGUACGUGCCGUUAAGAAGUUGAACCCCCUGAACAACACACGCGCCAUGUUGCGUCUCAAUCCAUAUGCCGCUGUACUGAAACGCCGGGCUAUUUUGACCGCCAACAAACGGCAAUUGGAGAAGGAUCUUCUCCUGGCUGAGAAACGAGGGAUCAAACUUCCCGCAGCUAGCCGUGUCGUGAAGGCCAAGAAAACUCUAGAGACCCGUAAAAAACAGAUACUGAAGGCCAAGGCGGCAAAACCGAAGAAGGCAAAGACAGCGAAGACCGUGAAAAAAACCACAGCACCUGCUAAGACAGCAACAGCGCCGGUCCCAGCCAAGAAGUAAACAUCGUUACACCGUUGACCUGUGACUUAUUUUAUCUGAAUAAAACUAUGGGAGACAACCACUAA